AUCUUUUUCAAUGCAAAGAGAGGACUGCAGAGAAGCACACAAAGGGGGAAGCUGAGAGCUGUCACAUUGUACCUGCAGGGGUUACAUAUUACUUGCAGGGGCCACACUCGGGUACAGACUGCUGCAGGGAACGCGCUUACACACACACUGAAUGCGGGCGUCACGCACUCACACGCACUGCUGCAGGGGCCACACACUGACACAUAGAAGCUGACGGGGCCACACGCUCACACACACCCACUUCCAACAACAGCGACGCGCACUUUGCAUUCAGGGGACACAGACACGACACGGAGACACCUUCCAGCUCACACCCACAUUUCUACCCACAGACCCUCCAGCGCAACUCCCCCUCCCAUUCUCUCUUACCCAGCACAAUGCACAAUACAGACCCCUGCCCAUCACCCUGGGGGGCACACACCUAAACCUAUACACAAAGACUCCACUCAGUACAACUCCCAGCACCUUCCACAGGGGGACACAGACUAAAGGACCUGCCGCUGGAAAUGGAUAUAUGAUUGUGCACCUUGCCACUUCCAGGACUUACCAGUGACAGGAUGAAGAGACCCCUGACUGUGAUCAUGGAUGUGCUUCAUAAUUGGGCCCCCCAGCCACGCCUCCUCCCCAGGCACCCCUAUAAAGCUCUCCAUAGAAGAGAAUUCAUGUGAGUACUCGUGGGGCACAUUGCCCCCCCCCCAAGGUACGGACUCUAAGCACCACCAAGCAGCUCCCCAGAUCUUUGUCUCUUCCAACAUCUGCCUGCAAAUUCCUCAUGCCCAUCUGCUAUGACAUACAUCCCUGCCGCUGAAUAUCCCCAGCCCAUUGCUCAGUUCUGCUUCAAACAUGGCUUAAAGGAGCUCUCAUCCUGCAGCAUGCACCCAUUAAAGGGCACAGAAACUCAUGCCAUGGGAGGGGAGUUCCACCUGCUGCAGACAUGUUACACAGGUAACACAGCGGUGACCAGGCUUCACCGGAGCCUGGAGAAUCUACACUGGACUUCCAUUUCUGAUGCGUCUGUAUACAGUCACUUUCGAAGCGGGGACAGUGAUUUUAUUCUGCACUGCAGACAACCCAGGUACAAGUCAGGAGGGGGCACAUUAGCCCACAGCAUGGCAGAGAUAAGUGAAAGUGCCAUGGAGAGGGCCACGGUACACAAAGACCUGGCUAGGCCUCCAAUCUGCAAAGUGCAACAGUGGCUGUUACCUACGGGUGAUAACAAGGCCUCACCUGGGGGUGCCAAAAGAGAUCUGAAGGAGAAGCUUAGAACUCACAGCUCCAAAAUAGCAGAGCCCCACAGGCCAGUGCGACCCCUAACCUACCUAUCUAGUCACACAGAAGAGCAGCAACCACUCCAGCAGCACAUAAGCAGUGUCCCCUGUAUCCCAGCACUCACUAACAGCACAAUGCCAGUCACAAGGCAAUGCACAAGUACCUUUCACUACAGAACAAGCCAUGAAUACAUCAAACAAGAGGCCUUCAGAAGGCUUCAACUACGGAGACAAAACAGUUCUCCCAACUUGACCCUCCAUCAGGGAGAGAAGGAGAACCGGGGAAUGGUAAAGUCAAAGACAUCCGAGUCUUUUAGGGAACAAAGACAGGGUUGUGGGAAGGAAUGUGAGCUCGGGGUGCAGGAGAGAAAGCACAGCAGUCUCAACAGACUUUAUAUACCAACCUUUGAAGAAUUUAAAAAGAUGCGUAAUAAGGAGAAAGUUCAUCUCUCUGAUACUGAUACUAAGUAUUUUUCAAAUGGCAAGUCAGAACCUGAAAAGACUUUAGAUGGCUCCCUGCUCACUAAUAAAGACUCACCAGUCCAAAGACUGGAUAUCUGGCCAGUACCUUCAGUUUCUCAUGGGAACCAUGGCCCUGUGGGAGCAGUAAAUUUUAAUGGGUUGUCCAAGGAUAACUGUGUCUCUAAGGUUAUGCAAAACUCAAAGAGGUUGUCCACUGGGGACUUCUACUCUGUGGUUGUACAAAAGUCUGCUGAUUUGUCCACCAGGAACUGUAACUCUUCUGGUUUGUCCAACAGCAAUCACACUUCAAUGGAAGCUCAAAGUUCUUCUGAAUUUUCCAAGAGGAACCAAGAUUUAUUCUCUACUGGGAACCAGGACUCUAUGGUAGCUCAAAAAUCUACCAGUUUAUCCCCUGUGGAUUUUUAUUCUAUGGUUGUGCAAAAGUCAGCUGGUUUGUCCACCAGGAACCAUGUGCAAAAUUCUACUUGUUUCUCCAUAGGAGGCUUAUCUACUGGAUUUUCUUCUGGGCACUUUGACUCUAUGUUAAUGCAUAAAUAUACUAGUUUUUCCACUAGGAACUGUCACUCCACUUCUGUGCAAAGUUCUUCUGACGUAUUAACCAGAAACCAUGUUUCUAAGGAAGUGCAAAGCCCUACUGGUUUAUCCACUGAAGACUGUGACUCUGGAAUGUUGCAAAAUGCUACUGAGAACCAUGACACUUUGGUGGUAAAAAAUUCUACUUAUUUGUUCCCUACAAACCACGACUCUGUGUUAGUGCAGAACUCUACUGCUCAGUCCACUGGUAAUGAAGACUCUAUGGUAGGGCAACAUCUUACUGAUUUGUCUUCUGAGAGCUAUCACUCUACGGUAGUGCAAAAACCUACUGGGUUGUCCAGUGGCAAUGAGAACUCUAUGGUAGUGCAAAACCUUACUGGUUUGUCUACUGGAAGCCAUGAUUUUGUGGUAAUGCAAAACUCUUCUGGUUUGUCCAUGGGUAACGAUGACUCUAUGGCAGUACAAAACUCUACUGGCUCAUCCAUUGGGAGCCAUGACUCUACUGACUGUAUGAAUAAAGUCUCUCCUGGUCUCUCCCAUGGACGCAAUGGCUCAAUCCAAGAAUCAACGUUUGUGCUUUCUGUAAUGAAUGUAGAUCUUCACCAGAUCAAACUCCCUUCAGGAGGUAGUGGUAAUUCCAGCAGAACCCCGCUCAUAGCUCAGCAUGAUUCAUUAGAAGCCAAAGGUCACUCAACUACAUACAGCUCUGCAUUCCCAGCUCCCAUUUGUUCCAGCCCCUCUCCGAGGUUUCCCUUGCAGUCUGUGACCCUUUCCAGGGAUAAAGGGGAGCUUGUGGGGUGUGAACCUUUUGUGUCCAAUGGCAAUAGCUCUAAUGGAUUCCCCAACAUUGCUGGCCAGUGCAUAACCUCUGAGCCUCCAUCUUGCUGUCCAUCUUUGCUUUUAGAAGCAACUGAUCUGUCUGGGUACAGUGCCAAGUUGCAGAAAAUGAAGGAUGGACUCAUAGGAUCGGCUCUAGACCUCAUCAAGAAAAGCUGUAGUGCUGAAUCUACUGUUGAGUCUCCAACCAAGGUAUCAUGUGACCUGCAGAGAACUGAUCUCACCUCCCCAGAGAAAAGCAAUCGAUCUUCUCCUGACACCAUGGCAACACCAAACUCCGCAACUGUGGGCAGCAAUGAGAUGGGAGCCGACACCACACCGAGUCUCUGUGGUUCCGCUUGCCGGAGGUCCAGCUCUGAUAUGACUCAUGAAACUGUAGAAACGGGAAAGACCCCGCGUGGUUGCCGCCUGCGCCCACAUUUCAGUGACCCCAUGCCCACUGAUGCAGUGAAGAGGAAGCAGCUAGAACUGAAGAUAGCAGCAGCUGCCCGGCACCAUGCGCAGAGAAGGAGACAAGACAAAGAUAACGGCCCAGUUCUAAUGAAGGCCAACACUACAACUUCCUGCAUCUCUGAAAAGGAAACCAACUUGAACGCUGGACAUCGCCACCGAUCCCGACACCGCUGGAGCAACAUCAGCAGCCUGAGUACGGACAGUGGGAUUGUGGGAGUGAAUGAUGAGAAGGAAGAAGGUGAAUUGACCAUGGGAAGGGCCACAAAACCAGCAGAGGUGGAAAGAGCGGACAGUGGUAUAGGUGAUGCCUUCUCCAGGAGAUGGAGAACCCGAGUAGCAGAAGCCUCAGCUUCCUUGGAGGCAUGGGAGGCCCAUCGCCCUUGUACGGAUUGUGGAGAGAGGGACCUGGGAGUGGAUACAGAGAACAGGGGCAAGCGGAGGGAAACCUUGUGCACCAAAUGCCUGAUGCACAGGAUGGAGCGGAAGGAGGCCAUAAUGGAGUUUGUGAACACAGAGGCCAGUUAUGGGGAGGACCUGAAGAUCAUUAAAGAGGAGUUUUAUAUCCCCAUGCAGAGUGCAGGGCUCCUCACCCACGAGCAACUUCUGGUGAUCUUCACCAACAUCCAGGAGCUCAUCUGCCUCAAUGAAAAGUUUGUGGAGGUUCUGCAGGAGGAGAUCGACCAGGCGUUUGAUCAGGGGGAUGACGACCUGAUAACUGUUUGCCUUGGGGAGGUUUUCCUGGAGUUUGUGAAUAUGCUGCCGGCUUUCCAGACUUACUGCCUUCAGCAUUCAGCCUCGGUCACAUUGCUCAAUGCGUUGGAGAAGGAGAAGGAGCUGCUACGGAUAUUUCUGGACGUGUCUCAGAAUGACAACACAGCUUUGCGACGGAUGAACCUGCGAUCGUUCCUAAUCACUCCGUUGCAGAGAGUCACCAAGUACCCACUCCUCCUCAGCCGAAUCUUAAAAAGCACCACUGAGUUCCACCCAGACCACAGCAGCUUGUGGGAAGCCAAAAGUCGCAUUGAGUCACACCUAGAGCACAUUAACAUGAAGACCAAGCAAGAGGGGAACUCUUGGACAAUACGUUCUUUCCGCAGGGAGAGCAAGAGAACCAGGGAGGUGACCAAUAUCGAGAUGAAGGAGUUAGCCAUCAAGCAGGUAGGUUGGCCAAGAGAGGACACACGCUUUAUAAAAGAAGGGGCGCUGCAGCUGGCCCAACCUACGGAUGGUCAGUGGAUUAAGAAAGGCUGCAAAGCGCUUAAAUUUCAGAAUGUCCAGGCUCUGCUCAUGGUCAAUAUUAGGAGGGUGUCAGAGUCAAGUCUAGAAGCCAGCGCCGCUGAGAACCCAACUGUUAGGGAUGCAGUGCUGGUUCUGAUCAAAGAUAAGAGUAACGGGAAGUUUGUGCUGUUCCGGGAGCCUCUGAAACUCAGCAACUGUGUGGUGUCAGUUGACCCAGACUGUGACGAUACCUUUGAACUGCUGGAGAUCCGACGGGACGGAUUAGUCCUCCGGGACGGAGACAUCUCCCGAACUCAUCAUUGGUACCAACAGCUCAAGAUCUACUCUGGGUGGCUGGGAACGUGGAAGAGACGUCGCAACGCACUGCCCAACAUCAUGAUAAGUACCGCACAAAGCAGGUCAUGACCUAGAGUAACAGGAGCAGAACCCACUGCUGGUUCCUCUGCUGAUUGGACCAACUCCUCUGUGAACCUGGAAAGAUAACAGGGAUAUGGUUUUAGUUCUGUCACAUUCCAGCAUGGGCCGCAGCCCUGGCUCAUUCACGGUUUCAUACCAGUCCACAGGAGAGGAACAGCCCCAGGAUUAUGCUAAUUAAUUAAAAGAACAUAACUAAUUGGGUUUUGCUGAGAAAUUUUGCACAUAAACUAUUGGGUCAGAUGCAAGCACUUGGAUGAGAGACCCACCAUGGGUUCGGUUACAUAUAUAAUGAUUGGACAGAGUAAGGGGUAUUUCCUUGCUGAGAUAUAUAGUGGUAUGAGUAUAACCUCUGGGUGAAUUGUCACAUAGGGAAUCACUAGUUUAAUGGGAACUGCAAUCGUGAAUUAUUUGAACACCAUUGAUUGAAUAAACCCCAAUGAUUCAUAUUAACAUUAAUUGUAUGCAUUAAUUAGCAGACCCUUAUAUCAGUGCUGAAAAUUGCUAGCCAAUCAGUGCAGUGUCCUGCACUUCCUUAACUGCCAACCCCCAGUGAUGUCAGAGACUGACAAAAAAAAGUAGCCCUAGCAGAUUGUGAGAUAGGAUUUACGGCACUGAUAUGGCUAAGGAAAACAUUGUAUACUGUAUUUUUAUUGUUUCACAGGUUGUGACAGCACAUAGCAUAGCAAAAUGAAAGGCCCUGGCAGGCAAAGGAUUUUUAAAAAAAAAUACUAACAGAACAUGACUAGGGAGCUAGAUUUAAAGGGCAGAGUGAUAAAUGAUGGCAGUUCACCUUAAAUAUGGAGCAGAGUUAAUUACCACGUGGAUUAUAUUAAUUUAAACCUUGUAAUUAAAUUGCCGUGUGAUAGUGCAGAACAGGAUUGAGUUCUGUAUGCAGUCUGCUGUUGCUGGACUACAACUCAGCACGAGAUAAACACAUUUAGUGGUUUGCAAUGAUUUUGAGGGUUAAACAUGAUUUGAAGGGGAUAAAAAGAGCAGACACCCUCACAGAGGAAAUUGAUGUAUUGAUUAAAACACACAGCAGAUGCUAUAUGAAACAUCUCUGGGCUCUGGGGCCUGCGGCUCACACUGUGCCUUUGCUGCUCAUGUGAUGCAACUGCCUGAACUGGUUUUCUUUUUUUUUAAUAAAUUGGAAAUGUCA